AUGGAUUGCACGCAUUUAUUAGAUAACGUCAAGGUGGAUAGGGAUUUCAUCUUUCAAGACAGCACGAUCACAAAGAACUUCAAUUGUUCAGCAUGCUCAACAUUGGAGCAGAAUUGGAUGUGCUUACAUUGUGGCGCUGUCAAUUGUGGAAGAUACAUCAAUGGUCAUGCCAAAGCCCAUGCAGAGACACUGGAUCACCAGCUUUGUAUGAGCUGUGAUGUUUAUUCAGUAUAUUGUUAUAAAUGUGAUGAUUAUGUUGGCAAUGAUUUGGAUAACAAAAAAAUUGUGGAAAUAAGGCAGUCUAUAAUUGAUUUAAGAAGAGAUGAAAACUGCCUCCAGGAAUCUAGAAAUGGAGAUCAAUUUGAAGAUAAUGAUAAAAAUGUUGAUAAAUCAAAUAGAUCCAUAAUAGAAACAGUUCGAAAUGAUGAGCCUUCAUCUGCAGAUUGCAAAGAAAACAGAAUAUCUCUUGUAGCUCCAUCUAGUAGUAGUUGCAAUGAUGUUACAUCUGACUACCUCUUGACAUUAAAUCACUCUUCUUCUUUGACAGAAAAUAUUGAAAGUAAACAAACAAAAUCAAAGAUUUCAGAAGAGCCCAUCAGAAGUCUAAGACCUAGAUCUCGUAAACGAUCUCAUUCAGAUGAUAGCAAUUCAGCAGAGAGCACAUUUCAACCUACAAAAAACAAAGAGAAGAAAAUGUCCCCAUGCAAUGAGAUGAAAACUAAUGGUAGGAAAGUGUAUCAUUCCCGAAGUUACACACGUCAAGAGAUGCAAGACGUAGUUAUGGCAGAAGAACUUAGAAAAGUUCUUAUUAAUCUAAACACUGGUGGCUGCGGUUCAAAAGGGGCAAUCUCACCGGAGUGCCUGUUCCUUGUCAUAUGGAAAGUUGUGCCCAGAUUUCGUGGCUAUCAACAGCAGGAUGCUCAUGAAUUUCUACGCUACAUGUUAGACAGGUUACACACUGAAUUGCAGCAGUUGUUGCCACCGGAUCGCUCAGAUGUCUUUGUACCUAGGACCCCUUCAACGUCAAUCGUGACCGCUGUGUUUGGAGGCACGUUACAAAGCGAAGUGCGCUGCCUAGCUUGUGGUACAGAGAGCAAAAAAUUCGACCCGUUCUUGGACCUGUCUUUGGAGCUGCCUGAAGUUGGGCGCCAUGAAGCGCCCGUAUCGCUUACCGAUUGCUUAGCGAGCUUCGUACAGGUUGAAGAGUUGGCCGACACGGAGCGUUACUUCUGCAGCAGCUGCAAAUGCAAGCAGAAAUCUACGAAGCAGUUCUGGAUACGACGGCUGCCCAAUGUCCUCUGUCUGCACUUGAAGAGGUUCCGAUGGCACAAUUACUUUAGGACCAAAGUGGACACGGGCAUCUCGUUCCCGCUGCGCUCCCUGGACAUGUCCCGCUUCGUGCCGGGCAACGCGCCCUCGCCGCAGCUCUACGACCUCGCCGCCGUCAUAGUGCACCACGGAUCCGGGGCCGGCUCCGGGCACUACACGGCGUUCGCCAUCAACGAGGAGCAGUGGUUCCACUUCAACGACCAGACGGUGAGAGCGAGCGAGGCGUCAGCGGUCGCCUCCUGCAAGCCCUACAUCCUCUUCUACAUCCGCCGCGAGCCGGCCCUGCACUCG